CACAAGUGGCAUCACUAACAGCAUUUAGCAAAGGGGUCCCACCGAAGCUAAAGCCCAUUGGAUGAGCUUCACGAUCAACCUCUAAAAAUCAAGAGGGACUUUUACCCAGAAAAGUCUGUCUGACUGGAUCCGUCCAUAACCGAAGGUGCAAACACGUCCAUGUUAAAGUUUGAACGUAUAAAAGGCGGCUGCUGACUGUUCUCGGGUAAUGUGGAGGAGUGCUUUCAGGUGCCUUGGGACCAACUUUGUCGCUGGUCAAAGAAGUAUGUCUCAAAGCAGCCUUUCUGGAAAGGUAGCCAUAAUUACCGGUUCCACAGAUGGAAUUGGUCUGGCUGCAGCUGAGUCCCUGGGAAAGAGAGGAGCCCAUGUGGUGGUGAGCAGCCGACGACAGGCAAACGUGGACAGGGCCGUGGAGUGGCUGCAGAGCCAGAAGAUCCAAGUGACUGGGACCACCUGUAACGUUGACAAGAGUGAAGACCGGGAGAACCUGGUUAAAUUGACUGUGGAGAAGUGUGGAGGUGUUGACAUCCUGGUGUCCAAUGCUGCUGUCAACCCUUUCUUUGGAAACAUCAUGGACUCUACUGAGGAAAUCUGGGACAAGGUCCUGUCUGUCAAUGUGAAAGUAUUUUUCCUCAUGACGAAGCUGGUGAUGCCUCAUAUGCAAAAGAGGGGAGGAGGAAAUGUUGUGUUUGUAUCAUCUGUGGCUGGAUACCAACCGAUCAGGAUCAUAGGUCCUUACAGUGUUAGUAAGACAGCCUUGUUGGGUCUGACCCGAGCUCUGGCUCCUGAACUGGCCCAGAGUAACAUAAGAGUCAACUGUGUGGCUCCUGGACUUAUUAAGACAAACUUCAGCUCUGCAUUAUGGCAAAGUGAGGAUUUCCUGGACGAUUUCAAAAAGCAGCUCAGCAUUAAAAGAGUCGGAGAGCCUAAGGAAAUCAGUGAAGUGAUUGCCUUCCUGUGUUCUGAUGAAGCUUCCUAUAUCACAGGAGAGACCAUCACGGUCUCAGGAGGGAUGGGCUGUCGACUCUGAGCCUCCGGCAGCAAUGCAAAUAAUACACACACUUAACCGUGUGUCUCCGUGUGGAUUGAUUUUGUUUGCACUGUGAUUACAUCCACUCUGCUUCCAGCUCACUGCAGAGAACGCCAGGAUACUGUUAGUGAGGAUGUAAGAUGACACUUGUGAAAUAAUUACACAAAAAAAAUGAUUUCAUCCUUGUUGUUUUGUGUGCAGGAUCAUACACUUAAACUGUGUGGCAGCAGAAAUAAAUCAUUACACUUUGGUGCAGUGUGAUAUAGAUUAAAGGGGAAAGAUGCAGAUUUUUCUCUUUACAUAAUAUUUUGUGACUAAAUAACAGUUUAUGUUAGUCAUUCCCAAAGACUUUCGGGGUCCUGAGUGUUUCCAAAUAAAUAUGCUGAACUUUUCCAAAUUUUUACUUACAAAUGAUGACAUAAAUGCUUAAAAUAAAGUUGUGAGCUGCCACACAGAUGGCAGUAAACCUCAUCAGAAAUGUUAGUUUAGAUCAUUUAUAUUGUAGAUUGUGUAGGAAUGGUUUGUUGAUUGCCAUAAUAAAUGUUUACUAAUCACUAUUUCA